CCGAUCUUGGCCGCGUGUGGAACACAAAUACAAAUUUCAAUAUGACGGCUGAGGCGAACACGAAGACGGGUCCCACCAUUGGACAGCGGCAUGUGCAGACCUUUCUGCUCUUCCUCUCCAUUGUUGUCAACUACAUGGCCAAGUUUAAUGCGGGCGUGGCCAUUGUGGCCAUGACGAAUGCGGAGAGCACCAAUCCCGAUUUCCCUGAAUACGACUGGAAUGGCGCACAGCGCUCGUACAUCCUGUCCAGCUUCUUCUGGGGCUACAUCAUGACACAGUUCCUCGGCGGCUGGCUGUGCCGUCGCUUUGGCGCAAGGAUGACCAUGUUCGUGUCGACUAUUGGAUCGGCCCUGCUCGCCCUGCUGCCGCCUUGGUGCGUCUCCUGGGGCGGCUGGCAGGCGUAUUGCGGCAUUCGUGUGGCCAUGGGCCUGUUCCAGGGCUUCCUCUUUCCGUGCAUCCACGCCCACCUGGCCAACUGGUGUCCCGUGAACGAGCGCAAUCGACUGGGCGCCCUGGCCAACACGGGCCUCGACUGUGGCACUCUGCUGGCGAUGUUCGCCAGCGGCCAGAUAGCCGCCUCCAGCAUGGGCUGGCCCGGCAUCUUCUACAUUUCGAGUGCCGUCGGCGUGCUCUGGUGCAUCAUCUGGCUGCUGUUCGGCGCCAACACGCCCAGGGAGUCCAAGUACAUCAGCGAGGAGGAGCUCAACUACAUUGAGACCUCGAUCAACUCCAGUCGCGCCAAGGAGGCGGAGGAGCUGAAGGCCAAGGGGCCCAUUCCGGUGCCCUGGGGAGCCAUCUGGAGCUCGGUGCCGUUCUGGGCCUUGAUGAUCACGCGCUGCUGCCAGUCCUGGGGCUACUCCACGCUCCAGACCGAGAUGCCCUCCUACAUGAACGGCGUCCUGCUGAUGGACAUGAAGAAAAACGCCAUCUUCUCGGCCCUGCCCUACUUGACCUCCUGGGUGAUGGCCUUUGUGUAUCUAAUCAUCGCCGACAUCCUGCUGACGGGAGGAGCCAUGACCAUCACGGGCAUCCGCAAGACAUUCAAUUCCAUAUCGUUCUUUGUGCCAGCCAUCACCCUGAUCGGCAUCGGAUUCCUGGACAGCGAACACAAGACCCUGGCCGUUGUCCUGAUGUGCGCCAAUGUGGGCAUCAAUGCCGGCAACACCAUCGGCAGCACCAUCAACACCAUCGAUCUGUCGCCCAACCAUGCGGGCAUCCUCAUGGGCAUCGUCAACACGGCGGCCAAUGUUGUGCCCAUUCUGACGCCCCUCCUGGUUGGCAUUAUCGUAACGAAUGAUAACGAUCGCGUCCAGUGGCAGGUGGUCUUCAUCAUUUCGGCCGUCAUCUUCUUUGUGGGCAACAUAAUUUACCUCAUCUUUGGCCAGAUGGUGAACCAGCCAUGGGACGCACCCGACUUUUUGGACAAGCAAAUGUCCUGCACUCGGCAGGAGGAAGGAAAUGCCAAGGCCCUGGAGGCACAACAGAGCGAGCAGGCGGAGGAAAUCAAGCGACGAAAUUCACAGAAGGAAUAGCAAUGGAAGAGACACCCCGAAAAUGGAGAAGAAUCAACCAUUCACGACGGCUGGUCCGUGCCCAGAAUUUCGUAGAAUAUUCAAAACUAAUUGAUAAGCUUAGAUAUAGAUCAUAAUAGAUAGAUCAGAUCCCUAUCCCCUGAAAUAUCCCUUAAAAAUUAUAGCCUUAUGUUUAAUUAUUGUUUCUCUUUUUUCCUUUAAUUUUAACAUACAUAUAUAUUU